AUGGAUUCGAAGAUCACGAAAUUCGAACAUUUCAUCAAUGAUUUUCUCCGUGAGCAGCUCCGGGAACUUUACGAAGAGCGGGAGAAAGUCUCCCAUCAGGCUGCCGAAUAUCUCCAACUCCAAAGAGCGAUUCAGAACCUUCAACGGAGUGUAGCUUCGGAUGAAUCCGGGGGAAAGGAAGUUCGUAUGCAGGUGGAUAUUGGUUGCAGCUUCUUCUGUCAAGCAAACGUGCCAGACGCUUCGAAAAUUUUCGUUUGCUUAGGAAUGGGGAUUUUCUGCGAGAUGUCACAUGAAGACGCAGUGGAUUUCAUCGAGAAGAAGCAGCAACUGCUUCAGAAACGAAUAGAUCACCUAAGCGAUCAGUGCGCCGAGGUGAAGGCGAGGAUCCAAAUUGGCUUGCAGGCGCUCAGUGAACUGCAGGGUCUCAGUGUGAGUGUCGACCAGGGAAAAGGGCAUGAUCCGGGUAGCUGAAGGCGUAAGGAUCGUAGAGAUCACUUGUUAUGUUCUGUUCUGGAUUUCAAAG